GAGGGGCGAGCAGGGCGGAGGAGUCCCAGCCUUUGCCGCCGCUGCCGCCGCCGCCAGUGGGAUUGUCCGAAACCCUCUGGAUUCUUCUGUGUUGGAACUAUUGCCAUGGAGACCUCCUGAGAUGCUACAUGUUCCAGUGCCUUCCAACUUAACUUCCAGAGAGAGCAGGUACUUACUGAAUGCCUGCAGUAUUCCAGGGCCUGUUCAGAGAGCUAGGGGCAUAGCAGUAAACAGCACAACCAGGGGCCUCUCUCAAGAAGUUUAUAUUCUAUUGGUAUACACAGGGUUGGAAAUGGCCACGCGGGACAGAUCGAGCCAGAGGCUGCCUAUGGUGGCUGAGCCGGCUGUGGAGGGGGAGCCGCAUCUGCCCACAGGCCGGGAGCUGGCCGAGGCGAACCGCUUUGCCUAUGCCGCCCUCUGUGGCGUCUCCCUGUCCCAGCUAUUUCCAGAACCUGAGCAAAGCUCCUUCUGCACAGAGUUUGUGACGGGCCUCGUGAAGUGGCUGGAGUUGUCCGAAGCCGUCCUGCCAACCAUGACUGCCUUUGCCAACGGCCUGGGAGGCGAAGGAGCAGACGUGUUUGCUCCGAUUUUAUUGAAGGACCCCAUCUUGAAGGACGACCCAUUGGUGAUCAUUCAGGACCUUCUGAGCUUCUCACUCAAGGAUGGGCGCUACGAUGCGCGGGCCCGCGUCCUCAUUUGCCACAUGACCUCCCUCUUCCGAGUGCCCUUGGGGGAGCUGGAUCUCCUUGAAGAGACGUUCCUUGAGAGCCUGAAGGACACCAAAGAGGAGGAAUCUGAAACGGCUGAGGCGUCCCGGAAGAAGAAAGAAAACCGAAGGAAAUGGAAGCGCUAUCUCCUGAUAGGCCUGGCAACCGUCGGGGGCGGGACCGUGAUUGGCGUGACUGGGGGUCUAGCUGCCCCGCUCGUGGCCGCUAGUGCGGCCACAAUCAUUGGCAGUGCUGGGGCAGCGGCUCUGGGCUCGGUGGCUGGCAUCGCUGUCAUGACCUCGCUAUUCGGGGCGGCUGGAGCUGGCCUGACAGGAUACAAGAUGAAGAAGCGUGUCGGGGCCAUUGAAGAGUUCACGUUUCUGCCUCUAACAGAAGGCAGGCAGCUGCAUGUCACCAUCGCCGUCACCGGGUGGCUGGCGUCCGGCAGAUACCGUACCUUCAGUGCCCCGUGGGCGGCCUUGGCCCGCAGCCGCGAGCAGUACUGCCUGGCCUGGGAAGCUAAGUACCUGAUGGAGCUCGGCAAUGCCCUGGAGACCAUCCUUAGUGGUCUUGCCAACAUGGUGGCCCAGGAGGCCCUGAAGUACACAGUGUUGUCCGGCAUCGUGGCUGCCCUGACAUGGCCAGCCUCACUCCUCACUGUCGCCAAUGUCAUCGACAACCCAUGGGGUGUGUGUCUCCACCGGUCAGCAGAGGUUGGCAAGCACCUGGCCCACAUCCUGCUCUCCCGGCAGCAGGGCCGGAGACCUGUCACCUUGAUCGGCUUCAGCCUGGGAGCCAGGGUCAUCUACUUCUGUCUGCAAGAGAUGGCUCAGGAGAAAGCGUAUCCAGGCGGAUGUCUCCGAGACCAUAAUGUGCAUGCUUCUGAGCUUGCCGUCAGACAGGAAGACCUUCAGAUGCCAGCUCCCAGGGGAGGAAUGAUUCAGCAGAAUGUGGGAUCCAUUUGCUGUGUUCAUCUAAACUAACGGGGUCUUUCUACCAGGUGUGGCUGCGAUUAGGCCACUGACUCCCUCGAAAGGCACUUGCAUCCUCUUGGGGAUGCAGACACCCUUGACUUUGGUAGUUGCCACCUGCUGACAUGAAUUUAUUCACACGGGGAGCCUGGGUUGUCUCGGUUGUAUGAAGAAAGCAAGGAUUGGAGAGCUUGUCUCACCUGGCCUCUUGGGCCUGGCCUCUCUGCUUCACCAUCAACCACAGGGCAGAGCCACCAGCCCCCAGUGCCUACUGGAUGAGUCCACUUACCUCCAGAAAUCAAACUAUCUCCCUGGCCUGUCUUUCCUACCACCCCGUCUAGCCACUUGUAGCCGUGCUUCCUCCUCCUAACUGAAAUAUAGGAGGGUUAACUCUGAAAAGUCAUAGAAGAGUCUGCCAAUAACUACCCAGAAGGCCACAGAUCUCCAUGCCACAGGGUUAAGAUGAUGGGCUCAGGGUCAGAGAGCCCUGGGUUCAAAUCCUGGCAAUAAGGAUAAAGAAAAGAGCACAGAGUAGGCACCUUGCACCAGCCUGACCCGUAGGAAAUGCUUGCUCACCGGCUAUGAUACAUACAGCAGGUGGUUUGAGUCUUGAAAGCAUUUGAACAUUGGCAGGGCCGCUCAACACUCAGUCGAACCACAGUUUGAUGAUCCAGGGGCAUUUCACAACAUCCGUGGGGUCGGUCAGCAAGGGCGUCAGUUCAUUCUCCCAUCCCACGAACACCAGGAAGUAAAGACUCCUAUACGCAAGUUCCAAGGGCUUGUUCGGAAUCCCCUGGCUCAGGUGUCCAUGCAUACAGGAUCCCCUUGGCCUGAUCUGUCAAGGUGUCUACCAACCGCUGCCUAAUUGCUCCUGGUGACAGGAAGCUUAGGACUCUGCCCCUGGGUGGUUAGGAAUUUAGGAACAGGUCGGUUUCAUCUGCGCAUCAAUGGCUUGUGGCCUGGGGAACGUCAGGCUCUGUCUAGGGCAUCUGCUAAGGCCGCUGUGUUCAGAUGUUGUCCGGGCGGGGUGCUGGCACAGCAGCAGCGCCCCAAGCCCAACAGCCCCUGGGCGGCCAGCACGUCCCCAGGUCUGCUCCUGGGAUUUUCAGAAACAUGAUUCUGUCUGUUUUGCGCCCAGAGCUGAUCAGAGUCCCAUCAAGCAGACUCAAAGAAACAGUGCUGGGAACUGAAUGCUGAUUCAUCAGGUCACCAAUAAUUGUCACCUCCCAAUGACAGCAGAUGGAGCAGAUGUCCCUGCUCACAGCCCAAGCUUCUGGGGAAGCAGAUCAUCUGCCAGAAUUUCCGUGGUGAGCACAGAGCUAGGGAGGGGAUGGUCUCUAGGAGUGUUCCUUUUCCUGGCCAUGCUCGGCCCUGAUGACCACCCCCAGGCUCCUGGACAGAUCCCACCUCUCAUGGCCAUUCUCGGUUUCCUUCCCUCCUGGGCCUCCCCUCACUCAGAAUUUUGUUUGAGUCUGUUUGAGUCCCGGUUGAUAAGCGUGGAAGAAUCCAGACACUCUGCAGUGAAGGACCGCUCCCAUGCGGGUUGGGUAGAUUCCAACCAGGGAAGAAAACACGCAAGUCCCGUUGAUUUACAUAUUAAUUAACCAUCUCAGUUCACAGCAUUCUGUAAUGGAAACUGUUGGGGUUUUUCCUUGUAGUUAAGGUGCCCGCGAUCAUCAAGCCUGCUUAGCCAGUAUCAUCAAACGGUCGCGUUACAGAACAUGGCCUGGCCUGUUCUGCAACAGAAGAUAAAAAUGUUCCCACCUGUGGGUCAGUGUAUCCCCCAUACUUGGCAUUUUAAUGACAGGGUCUGAGAUUUGGGGCCCAUGUCCCUGCCACCCAAGCACGGGAUGUCCCCGUGUGAACGCUAACCUUUCAGGUCUCUAGAAUGUUCUUCAUUAUAGUUUAUUUCUUCUGCCUUUUGUUCACUCACCUUCUCAAACGUCUAUUUAUUAAUUUGUGCAAAGCCCCAUCUCCUUCCUCCAAGGCCUUGCGGGACUUCUCAGGGAAUACAGCCUCGAAUGCAACAGCUUAUGGGUAAACGUAAACAUCAGGAGCAGAAAGAACGUGUGUGUGAGUAGAGGCCUGAGCUGAUCGGGAAGCUUAGAUGCAGGGGAGCAGGGCCUGGAGCAGGAGGAGCUCGGACUCCGCAGCCAGGCCUGGCUCCGAAUUCCAGCUCGCUCGCUCGCUCGGCAAACCGGCACAGGCCCUUAGUCCCUGUGCCUCAGUCUCCUCGCCUGUGAAAUGGGUCUAGUAGUGCUUCCUUCAGAGGCUACGCAAGGGGGAUAGUGUAGGUCCAGCACACAGCAGAACGGCUACCAAGUAGUUGGUAUUCGGCAACCACCAGGUUUGUCACUGUCGCUAUUAUCAUAUGUUCUCCUGCGUUUACCCAGUUGUGAUAACCGAGCUGUGCAUUUCGCUCUCAGCUUCCCAGCUAUCAAAGCCGCGGAAAGCCACGACGGCAGAGUUCUCACUUCCGGGAGGGGGCGUGGAGAUGCCGGGUCCCCAGGGGGCGAGACGCUCCAUUUCCCCCGCCUUGCUCGGCCCGAGAGCAUACCCCCUCGCCCUUUCAGAGCUGAGCGCUCAGGCUCAGAGCCUCAAACGUCUCUCCCAUCGGCAAGCUAGACAGGUCUCAACUGGAAGUUGCCAGCCCGGAACCGCGAGAACCGUGUCGUGGCUGGGAACGAUCUCCCCAGGGUGCCUCCUAAUUAUCAGGAAGGUUGGCACAGGGGCUUCUCUGGACACUCAGGCGGCAGGUAAUGAUCUCGAGCUGUCAGGAGCAGCGGGUACUUGGGAGACUGCUAAUUAGGUGACAAGUCCCCAGUUGCGUUUCCAUUUGGGUGAUUUUACAUUCUGUCAUUUAGCUGGAGGUUAAGGCUGCGGGGACCGUGGUUGAGCGUGGAUCACAGGCUCAGACAACAAUGGAAAGCACGGUUUUUAGUUCGCCCUGCUACACUCUCCUGAAGUUUGAUAGAGAACAACGGCUCAUCUCCAAAACAAGAAACCAACUUUCCAAGGUGGAAAACGGGAAUGGAUGUUCGUUGAGCACCUGCUGUGUGCCGGGCAGGAACAGGACCCAUCUCCACCUUGGAAGGUGUGGGCAUUAUUACACCUGGAAGCAGGUGUUGCAUUUUCCAUUUUUACCGAUGGGGAGCCAGAAGCCCAGAGAGGUUAAGUGACUUGUCCAAGGGCACACCACUAGUAAUCUGGGAUUAUACACGGUACAUCUGGAGUGCUAAUGCGGGCACGUCUGACUCCAAACCAUUUCCUGUGAACCCUUCUCUUAUGUUGUAUCUCAUGAUAAGCUCACUGCCCUCAGGUUGUCUAUAAUCUAGUUAAGAGAGUAGAUACCAGCUUUAAAACAUAAAUAACAGUACCAAAUGCUACAUCACCUAGGCCUAGACAUGAAGCGGUUCAGAGGAGAGAGCCUUUCCUUCCAGAAGGCAGGGAUGGCUUCAGGGAGGAGGAGGCAGGCCUGGAAGAUAAGAUGAGCCUUGACAGGCUGGGAGGAAGACAGGAUACCUCCGAGCCCAGCAUGGGCAAUAGCGAAGAUCCAGAGGGAGGAAGGUGAACAGUCUGCAGAGGCCAGGCGACCGGAACCCAGGUUUCUCUGGGAAGUUGGGAGAAGUAAGGUUGUGGAGGUGAGCUGGGUGCAGAACUCAGGAGCCUGACCUGUUGAAUGGAGCACGGAGACUCGGAUGCAGGCGCUGUCUCAAGUCUUCGAUAUUAGCACCUCUUUGUCUCGUUGUAUUGAUUUAUCCAUCAGCAGAGUCCUGCUGAGAGGACCUCCCACGUGCCAGGACCCGUGCAGGGCUCAGGGGCCAGAGGUUAGCCAGACUCCAGCCCCACCUGGGGAGAUCUCAGAGGGGAUGGGACCUCCCUUGCCACCGCACUCCCUGCCCAUCCUUCAGCAUCCCCGCCUGCAGCUGCCCACUUUGUGCUUCCCCAGGGCUGGGGCUGGGUGAACCGCACCGCACAAAGGCAGCUGACUGUCCUUUCCGCGUAGUGUCAUCAGCCAUCACAGGCACCCUGGGAGGGAGGGCUGUGCUAUCCCUGGUGCUGAAGAAAACAGGCUCAGAGAACCUGGGGAACUUGUCCACUGUCACACAGAUGUAAGUGGAGACUCCCACAGCAGGCCUCUGUCUACUGCCCACAGGGACCCUCGACUUCUCCCUUUCAUUUUUAAAGAUUGAUU